GCAUCAAGUAAAACAAUUGACAUACUCACAUCCAAGGAAAAAUAAUCAAAAGCUUUAUACAAGCUUCUUCAUGGCGAUGUCAGGAACAUAUGUGAAAGAGGUUCCUCUUAAAGGGUCGGCGAAGAAUCACUACAAGAGGUGGAGGAGCGAAAACCACCUCUUCCCCGACGCCGUCGGCCAUCACAUCCAAGGUGUCAAGGUCCACGAAGGAGACUGGGACUCCCACGGUGCCAUCAAGUCCUGGAACUAUACAUGCGAUGGGAAGCAAGAGGUUUUCAAGGAGAAGAGAGAGUUAGACGACGACAAGAUGGCAGUGACUUUUAGAGGGCUUGAGGGUCACGUGAUGGAGCAGCUUAAGGUGUAUGACGUCAUCUUCCAGUUCAUCCCCAAGACUCAGCAAGGCUGCGUCUGCAAAGUCACUAUGAUGUGGGAAAAGCGCUACGAAGACUCUCCAGAGCCCAUCAACUACAUGAAGUUCGUCACGAACAUGGCUGCUGACAUGGACGACCACAUUCUCAAGGACCAGAAGAAGGUUUAA